AUGCCUCCUUUAAUACUCAGUGCCUUCCAAACCCGCAAACCAGGCCUUACUCCUGCUGAAUUCAAAUCGUACUACGAAACCAUUCAUCUACCUCUGCUUAUCUCGCUACAAGGUUCCUCCUUCCCCAAAAGCCACACCCGUAACUACGUUAUCCGCACUGUAUGCGAUGCUUCAUCCUCCGACACAUCAAACUUGAACUAUCCAGCCAGUGUGUAUUAUGGCACGGAUCAUCAAGAUAUCGAUUACGAUGUAUACAGUGAGAUGAUUUUUGAAGAUGAGAAAGCAUUUAAGGCUUUUGAGAAAGUGAUGUUGGAUCCGGUUUCGGGGAAGAUAUUGGUUGAAGAUCAGCAGAAGUUUCAAGGGCCAGGAGGUCUUAAGGUCGUGGGUCUUGAGGUUUCAGAAGCCACGUUGAGACCUUCUAAAUAG